AUGGGAAAUAGGUUGUUUAUACCUAAGGACAAUGAAGUUGUGAAGAAGGAAAUUCUUGAUGAUGCUCAUAUUCCGGUAUAUGCCAUGUAUCUGGGGAGUACCAAAUUGUUUCACGCUAUCCGUCUGUUCUACUACUGGUAUAAGAUGAAACGGGAUGUCACAGAAGAGAGAGAGAGAGAGAGUGGCAGCAGCAGCAGCAUGACAACCGAAGAAGGAGAUGCAGUUCAUGUGAAUGUGAUCCCACUGCCUGGGUUCAGAUUCCACCCCAGUGAUGAGUCGCUGGUCAGCUACUACUUGAAGAACAAGAUACAGGGCACCGACUCCCAUUUCCGCUACGUCAUCCCUGAAAUCGAUGUCUGCAAGUACGAGCCCUGGGAAAUUCCUGCAUUCUUCCCAGAAGUUCAUGAGAAGGAAUGGUUCUUCUUCAGCCCGCCCAAAUACAAGGAUAUCGACAAGACUCGCCGAGACAGGGCCACGGAUCAAGGCUUUUACAAGAGCACAGGAGACGAGCGGGAGAUCAGGGCUGAAGAAUCCCAAGCUGUGAUUGGGAAGAAGAGGUUUCUGACUUUCCGCGAAGGUCGUGGGCUGAAAGCAAAGAAGACCGAUUGGGUAAUCCAUGAGUUUACAGAAACUGAGGUGGGUCCCUUUGUCCUCUGCCUCCUGAAGAACAGGUCACCUACUUAUAAGAAGCCGAAGGAUGAUCCAAUCUGCGGCAAGUUAGCUGAUUCAGGUGCUAACUCGAACGACAAUCAAGCUGCUGUAUGUGAUGUGAUUCCAAAGCCAGUGGAACAUCUGGGAUACAAAGGGCGAGGAGAUGUUAAUAGCUCUGAGUCUCCGGAUGGUUCUCAUCUUAUAGACAGUAAUAACAUUUUGAGCUUUGAUGAUGAAACUGGUGACGGGAAAUUCCCGGAUAUGGAUGAUCCAGCUGCAUCUGCUAGGUUUCUAGGGUUGCUUGCUGAGAAUGAAGAAAUUCUGAAUUCACCACCUCAAACACCGCACCAGACACCACAAGAUUACCUUUCCUCUACAUUCCUAUCAUCAGGAAACGUACAGCUGGGAGCUGUUCUGCAAGCCAAUGGCACUAGUGAUGAUUGUAAUACAAUACAAUACAAUGGCACUAGUGAUGAUUCUCAUCUUAUAGACAGUAAUAACAUUUUGAGCUUUGAUGAUGAAACUGGUGAUGGUGAAUUCCCGGAUUUGGACGAUCCAGCUGCAUCUGCUAGGUUUCUAGAGUUGCUUGCUGAGAAUGAAGAAAUUCUGAAUUCACCACCUCAAACACCGCACCAGACACCACAAGAUUACCUUUCCUCUACAUUCCUAUCAUCAGGAAACAUACAGCUGGGAGCUGUUCUGCAAGCCAAUGGCACUAGUGAUGAUUGUAAUACAAUACAAUCACCAUUUGGAGAUAAUAAUUAUUCUUUUACUGAUAAGAAUGAUAUUUCAACCUGUGAUGAAGGUGAACCUCAUAGCUUCACCUUCGAAAAUAAAGCUGCAGAUGAUAUGUCUCAAGAGGCAUGUGUUCAACCAGAAAAAUAUCUGGGAGGCGUUCUGCAUGCCGAUAUUUGUGACAACGGCUACAACAAUUGGCAACCUACAUGUUGGGAUAAAGAUUCUUAUCUGAAGAAUAUUUCAACCAAUGUUAAGGAUAAACAAUUUAGCAGCAUCGCUUCUAAUUUUGAAAAUCAAACUACGAAUAAAAGGAAGAGGUAGCUGGCAGCAAUUGAAAACAUUCUUUCAAUUUCCCGAAAAUAACACCCCGAAGUCGUUAGUCAAGUCCUCCACGGAAUGACGAUUCAACCAAGCCGUAGUUCUCGCCUUAUUGGCAAUGCUUAUAUCUGCCCUGCAGUUGUUGGUGCAUGGUUGCUGGAGUCUCUAUCAGUCUACAUAUUAUUGAUAAUUAAGAUGUGAUCUUGUGUAUAAUUGGUUGUAGUUUAAGAUCUUAAACCUUUCUGUAAGUAUAUCCUUGUGUAUUGUUUAUCAGAACCUCUUAGUAUUGAAUGAAAUUUUGUGUAUUGUUUUCUCUU